AUGGAUUUAGAGCCUUAUCUCAAAACGGUUUCUUCAUCUCUUUCAGGUAAGUAUGAUCAAAACGGAGACAGUUUAAAGAACAUUACACAGUCCUGUCUCCUUCGAAUCGUCAGGCAAUUACAGGUUUUGCAGAACAUUAAUAAAUAAUGACGAAUCGUUUCAGUUUAUAAUGUAGUCAUGAUGACGUUUAUACUCACCCACCCACGUUUGUAAAUAAGUGUGAUUUGAAUUGGCUAAAUGUGUAUCCACACAGGAUGUUUACAGAGUUCUAUUAAUUCAAAAUUGCAAAAAACUUCCUUGUUCUGCAGAUAUCAAUGGCGUUCUUUUAUAAACUUACGCAUGCAACAAAAACUAAAGCAAUCACGUGCAUGUCGGUUAAACAUUCAUUUCCGAAUGCAAAUGUGGUAAACCACGGCAGGUGUCGGUUGGUAUGAAGGUUAAGGAGAGCAUUGUCUGACGUCAAGUCCAAAUUAAGUGUUUUUCUUUUGCAUGGCCUGUAGUUACGACGACUGAGUCAAGAAACUGGUCUUUAUCUUUUACAGUUUGGAUCGAUUUUCGAAAAGGACUUGCCUUCAAAUAUCAAAGUUAUCACCGAGUGUAAGUUAUAAAUAGAACUAUGGCUAUAAAAAAUUGUAGUUAUACAUAAAGCAAACUAAACAACAGUGUCAGUGAGUAAUAUACGUCUGUACAUGCAAGAAGAAUAAAGAAAUUGGAAUGUUUUUGAGACAUGAUUAAAACACUUAGAGAAAGUGUAUAUAUAAGCAAAAUAACAGCGAGCUAUGAUUCACUCACUAAAUGUCUUUAAAGGCAUAUACUGAUUAAGUAUACCGCAGUAAGGUCGAAAGAAGUGCGCAGCAUGAGUAACUUUAAAUUUAUCAAAGAACAUCGUCUCUUUCACGUAUAUACAGCUCAUACAGUUAUAUUUAUUUAUACUUAUAAUUUGCUAUACCGCCUAAUUCAAGGCAACGAAAACAACAUAUGUGUAAUAUACAGUAUUAAUAUCUAUAUUCCAUGAUGAAAAAAUUACUUGAGCCGAAAAACUAAAAAAUAUAAAUAGUAUCGUUUUUCAGCUAGCAGACUUCGUUAUUUUUAAAGGUAACAAUACGAAAGUUAAGGCGUACGUGCGCACAACAACUCGCCAUAGUAACCAAAAUUUAUUAUUACUUUAUCUUAAUAUGGCCACCUAUUGUUUUCAAUAUUUACUGAUUUGUAUUUGUGCUAUAUUUGGAAAUAUAGUAUUCAAAGAAUUGGUUUUCCAUCGUCCAUAUACUAGAUAUGGGCCAGCGAAAUUAACGUCAGCGUUUUUGUAUAAUUUCGUUUAAAUUUCCGCUCUAAAUUAAUGUUCUGCGUUGAUACCUUCAGAUAUUAUAUUACGGUAGUUGUAUCUUCUCAACCAUGAUGUUAUUGAAAUUAUCAUCUAUAUAUAUUCAUACCAACAGAUCAUCAAAGAAAAAUGCAAGUAAUAUUGGUCUUCGCUCUCACCACCCUACAGUUCCUGGUAAAUAUUGUGCUGUCUGCAAACGCCGAAACCUAUGCUAUUCCCCUAUCCUUAAACUCAGUCAUACAAAGUCCAAUAGAACUGAGUGGGACGUCCAACGUUUUAUACAACCAAGAUCCUGAUUUUUACUCUUAUGUGACCCUUACAGAUGUUUCACACGACACUGGUCAAGAUUUAAAAGAAAUAGUUACAAAAAAAUUAAGUGUUGUCCUUUAUACAGUAGUGUCUUCGUAUAUAGGCGGAACACUUAAAAAAAUCCAUCUCCAGUAUCUCAGUGGGAGUAAAUGGUCCUACAGUAUCCCUGUCGAAGAAUUAAUCGCCGCUUCUGAGGGAAGUAUCACAAAGCUCAAUCAAGAAAUGGAAUUAUACGUAUUUCAGGAACUUGGAAUGAAAUUCUUAGAAAAACGGUACAAUUUUAAUAUGAGUGACAUUCAAAAUCAACUUGGCCUUAGCUUGAUGGAAUUUUUCGGCGCAAGUGAAGAGCAAUGGAUCAAGAUAGUGGGUUUUAUAACUGAAGAAAUGAUAAGUAGAAGAAGUAUAGAGUUGGACUUGACUCCAUGUUACCUGGCUGAACUUCUCAAUAAAACUGAAAAAAACAUUGCAGCGUUUACACUCAACCAAGUUGACGAACACAUCUAUAACAUCAGCUCACUCCAGAAAAAACUACCAGAGUUUAAAGAAACCGUUUUAGCAACAACAUUUAAUGUCACACCUGCAGACCUUGCCAAUGUAAGCGGAUUGAAUAUCACAACGACAAAUUCUAUGGGACUACAAGAUCAGAUCCAACUACUUACUAACAGCAUAUUGGAGCGAUUCCAUCUUUCCAUCGACGAAAUUGCCACAAAGUACAAAAGAUCAACUGAUGAUAUCCUAACUCCUUGUCCAGAUGAAUGGAGAUCGCUUCAAACCUUGGUCGUCCAAGAAGCUUUUGAAAAGCAGGCAACAAAUAUGUCACUCGCCAACAAAACACUAGCGUCGCUAAUUCAAAUUCCGUAUCCUAACAUAAGCAAGCUCUCGUUGGACCAACUGGAACACCUGAUCGACACGAAGAUAAGAGAGAUAAAAGAGAAGAAAAAUAUAAUCGAACAGAAAAAAGAUAUGUUGAUGAACACUGGCAGCCAGUCUGAUGUCGUGAAUCUAGAAGAAAAUGCCUUCUCGAUUAUUGAAGCCGUUACAAAUUUCUCCAAAAGCGAAUUGUCCUUAAUUUAUGGCUGGGACGAUUCCCAUUACGUCUUUGCUGAAAUGUUCUCAGUUGCCGACCUUGUUCAUUCGUGCUCAUCUAAACUCCACAAUUACACGUUGUUCGAAUUAGCCAAGAUUAAUGCCGGUGAAGAAAGUGGCAUGUGCAACACAUUCUCUGCACUACGAAAAAUUUGGGAAAAAGCAACAGUACAUGAGAUAGAACACAGAUUCGGAAACCAACUCAGUAAUUCAACCAUAGAGAACAUGCUUGUCUCUCUUACAGGAGGAAAUCUAAUUUUCAUUGACCGUAUACUCAAUUUAAGUGCAGAUGCUCGAGCACUCUGUUCAAACGUCACCUUAGACCAUAUUUCCAUGGCAACGUCUCAUCCCACAAUGCAUCUCAAACAGAUGUCAUUCCAAUAUAUCAUUGAUCUUGCUGAAGAACUAAAGGCAAAUGGAACACUUUUUCAGAACGCAAAAAUGGUAAGUUAAGACAUACCUUAAUUCACCGGCCUAAUUCAUGCAUAUGUUAAUCGACACUGCUGUAAAAGUACAAAAAUACUCACGAAACGACAUCCUGAUCUUGACGUUGAAAUAUAGUUUUCAUUGUCAAAAUCGACUGUGCCGUGUCUAUUACGCAAGGAAAUUCAGUUUGAUACUAUUACUUGGUUAGUUGGUAAAAUGAUUGAUAGUUGCUAUAGAAAAGAAGGUUAGUUAAAGUUGACUAGUUGAUUUUAGUUAGAUGGUUAAAGACGUGCAGAAAUAGACAAGCUAAAACAGCGGGCUAAAUUUUAACCCAGGGUUAGCGCUAACCCUCCUUUGAAUAACCGGCCCCAGGAUAAGAUGGCUAAUAAGUUAGUAGGUUGGUCGAAUUGGCUAACUCAUGCAUGGGCGUUCACUGCGGGGAUAGGUUUAGGGUGAAUGCAGGGUUUUAUUAAGAGAUUACGACACCGGAUACCAACUUUAUCAAAAGCGACGUAAUCAAACCCUGGUCAGAGACACUAGUGAGUUCCAUCUGUAGUUCGUGCAUAUAUAUUUUACUUUUCACAACUCAUGGAUUUAUUGGAUUGCUCAUAGAUUAUUUGAGGGCCAUCUGUUAGAUAACUGCAAAAUAUGUCAACCUCCUCAAAUAAAGGCAUAAAGCAUAAAUGAAUAUUGUUUAUACUGUAGUUGACUUUUCUUUAUCUUCACUUUACAGACAACUCCAAUCAGUCCAGUGACAUCAAGGAUUGUAUAUUCAAUGCAUAUUUCUAUCAAACCGACAGUUACCAUCAAUACAAAAUCCUUAAUAGCGACCAGGAAUAAAACACACACUGUUUUACCACAAUAUUCAUCCACAAAAGGUAUAAUAUUUAAAAUUAUACGUGUUUCUUCUCUAUAUUGCCACAAUAUUUACUGCAUGUAGAAGUUAUUGAAAUGUAAUUAUAUACAGGACGGUAAUGGCAAAAACUCCAUCGUUGCACUAUAGUUUUUUCCGUCUAAACUGAUUGAUUCGUGCAAGGUGGAUAUGAUAGCAUCAAGCAUUGCUCCCUCUUGCAUUUUCCACUCCUGCUAAUAACAAAGAUUUUCAAAAUUGGGUUCCGCCAAUUAUCAUGCCUGGUAUUGCCUAUUCCCUCGUCCAGAAUUAAAGUUAAAUAACACAACUACUUUAUUCAUACCGCACAUAACAAUGUUGCAUAAUUUGUAGUUUCAACAAACAACAAUAAUGCAAAAAGAAUCGCCAACUCCACUGUUACUAUUGGAUUCGUGAAUGCUACGAUUCAACACAAUUCAACAAGAAUGUGUGCAUUAUUUGUUAAUAAAUUUCCUCACAAUUCUCAACGUUACCGUGGAUAACUUAUGAGUCUCUUCACUCUCUUGAAACAUCGACCUUCAGUGAUGUUCACAUCACUUGAUCAGAAGACAAGGCGUAUAUUUGUGCAUUUUAAUUUUCUAUAAAAUCUAACUUUGUCAAAAUUUAAACAGUGGUGUUGGGUGAAAAUCACUCAUUCAUUAUUAGUUUACAUUAGUUGAACUAUUUAGUUUUAAAAACGUUAUGAACCAGUCACUGUAUUAACGGCACAAGCUAAGAAUUUGGUUGUCGUCCUCGAAAUCGUAGAACGUUUUGUUGAACUUGUUUUCUUAAACUUUGUAUACCAUUUUAACAUCUUAUUCUACAACAAAUUACGCUAUUCUAUACAGAAAUAAAACCCGUGUUUACACUAUACCAGCCUAGGGUCUGAUCUUGAUUGACUGACUGACUUAUUCAAUCAACCAACCACCGUAACCCAAACCAGGCCAGUAAAAAUAGCAACGUCCUGUAGCACAGCAGCAGAUUUCUCAUGUAUACUAUUUUAUUCCCAUUGUAUUCAUAAUAUCAUGUUCAAACCCCCUUACAAUGUUACGUAACACCUUGUGAAUCUAAUACACCAUGCAGAUACGAUUAUAUGGGGAUAUAUAACUAUAUGCCUUUUAUUGCAAUGGGUAUCAAAUGCAGCACUGUUUUUUGACAAGGAUUGUAGACUUCCAGUGAAAACACAGCUAUUGGUUAUGUGUACUGCUAUAUAUAGCCUACCACUAUACUGUCACCAAUAUGGCCCCACGACUAUUAUUAAUACCAUUAUAUUACCGUUAACAAUAUCCCCACAGGUGACCGCGAAGCCUACUGUGGUCAGAUAAUUUUAAUAUAUACCAUUUAUAUCAACUGACUUUUUUUUUUUAUUCAGCGAAAAACGCCCCCUGCUUCACGGUCCCUGCCCACGGUCAUGAACCAUGAAAAUUAUCCACUCAAGCAAAGGAGUAAAACAAGCACAGCAUUUUCCUUGCAAAGUGGUUUUGGGCCAGCUGCAAAGGCAGUGAUUUAUUUGCCACAGUUCGUAACCCAUCACAAAAACUAUAAAACCAGAACAACAACAUACAAACUAAAAUUUUGUUGACAUCUUUAUUCAAUUAGACAUAAUGACGACAACAAGAAUAGUGAAUUCAACUUCAGGACCUACUUCUAGUUCUGGAUCUACUUCAAGUUUUAGACCUACUUCUAGUUCUGGACCCACUUCAAGUUCUGGACCUAUUUCUAGUUCUGGACCUAUUUCUAGUUCUGGACCUACUUCAAGUUUUGGACCUACUUCUAGUUCUGGACCUACUUCUAGUUCUGGACCCACUUCAAGUUCUGGACCCACUCCAAGUUCUGGAACUACUUCUAGUUCUGGACCUACUUCUAGUUCUGGACCUACUUCAAGUUCUGGACCUACUUCUAGUUCUGGACCUACUUCAAGUUCUGGACCUACUUCUAGUUCUGGACCUACUUCUAGUUCUGGACCUACUUCAAGUUCUGGAACUACUUCUAGUUCUGGACCUACUUCAAGUUCUGGACCUACUUCAAGUUCUGGACCUAGUUUCGCACCUGUGAAUUCAGCACACAAACCAUUCAUUAAAGGUACGUUAAAUGAAUUUUAAUUCCAUGUAUUAUCUUAAUAACUUAAAAUGAAUUUUUGCUGUGUUGGUGUAUAUAAUGUACUCAGGUGAAUAAGAUGCUUGUGAAGUUACUCUGAGUGUAUAUCCACACCGGGCAGGCUUGCAAAAUAUGGCUGGCCACGGUGGGAAUCGAACCUACAACCUUUGUAACAUCACUUGUAAGCAUCUUAUUCACCUGAGUACAUUACACCAACACAGCAAAUAUCAUGAUUAUUAGAUUACACUGAUAUCGAAGGAACUAGACUCAAGCCCCGUCUACCUAAAUAGGUAGUCCAAGAACCAAAAAAGUGGUACGGGUACCAAUUUUAUCGGUGCCGUACCAAAAAUUGAGCGUUGUGUGAACGGGGCUUCAGUUCCGAAAUAUUACAUACUCGAACCGACCUGACCGCGUAGCUCAGUUGGCACAGCAUUGGGCUAGUAUUCAAAAGGUCGCAGGUUCGAUUCCCACCGUGGCCAGGCAUAAGCCUGCCCCGGUGUGGAUAUACACUCAGAGUAACAUCACAAGCAUCUUAAAAUGAAUUAUUAUACAUGUAUAAAGUUUUAAUUUCGAACACUGCGACAGUGACAUGUGAGUCGGCAAUUUGCUUUCCAUGUUUAUUUGAAAUAUUAUUAGAAAUUUAUCAGAAAUAUUGCCUUUUAGCACGUCGGAUAAUUACCAAUUAUUCUUUUUUAAACAAGUGAUAAAACAGCCAAGAUUGUAUAACAAUAAAACUUUUCCUUUUCUAUAGGAUCUAUUUUAAUGCUGAUUUUAUUCUCAUCAAUGUAUCUGGCAUUAGUAUGAAUUUGAAGAAUAUUCAAGAUGCAAAUCAUUCUUAUAGUUUAUGUUAGAAAGCUAUAGUUAUCAUCUCGUUAGUAAAAUAAACAGAAUUACUUGAAACACGAAAGAUAUCUUGCAUGCUUUUGAGGGCUGGAAACCUCACAUGAGCAAAAAAGUCGAGUGAGUAAAAAAAAUCGAGUGAAAUACCGUAGUGUGAAUUGACCCUUUCCUGAAAUGAAUACUUCUGGACGUAUAGAUAAAUUGCUGUAAAGACGCUAUUAAUUCAUAGGACGAGUUAAAUAGUCUAUUUGACAGUCAUUAAUAUUAUUUACAGUCUUAGCUAACUAUUAUACUCAUUUUCACUCCGCUGCCUACCCCACCCAUUUCAAUGCAUCAUUUUUUUAAUUUUGCGACAGUUUCUUGUGGGGCCAAUAAUGAACAGGCAGCACUAUACGGAUAUUUGGCCUAUGAAAUUACGGUAAAUAUCAACAGUUUUUGGCAAAGGUUAUUGACGCUAUUAUGCCCGCCGUGGUAUUAUUGUUUUAAUAUACUAUCAUUAUAUAAUGUAUGCAUGUCUAUAUAACUGUAAUUUUAACGAAUGCCACAAAUUGCCAUGUUUAUACAUGGAACUCGAUUCUGGAAAACUGGAAAGUCUGCAAUCUUGGCAAAAAUACUGUUGAAAGUAAAAUCUAAACUAAAAAAUAAAUCAUCAAAAAACAUUUAUUUGCACAUUGCAUUAGCCAUUUUACUGUCAUCAAAAUUGACUAAAGGAUGAACCGAGGAGGUGCAUGAUGUGCACGAGAGAAGAAGCUCAAAAGAUGUUUGUGCACGCGCUGUCGCACAAAGUUUUGCCACGAUUGCAGCAUCAUAUUGACAGUAUAUGGAAAAUUAACCGGUACAGAGUAAAAUAUCGUAAUGCUAAUUUUUGACAAAGACUUUUUGGCAUGAAUGCUAAAUACAAUUCUAUUAAAGGAUAAUGCACCUAUCAAAGUUAAGCCACAGGGUGGGAGGUCGGGCAUAUGUGGCGCAUUUGAUUUGUUAUGCAAUUUUGUGGUCAAAUUCCCUAUACCAUGCAUGGGGAAGCAAAUAUCAGUCAAAUGUGAUCAAAUGCCCUACUGUUGGGCACACAUAUUUGUGGUGAAAGUCUUGAAAGUCGUUUGUCCCAGUCCUCAAUACGUGCUCUUCCUCAGGAUGCAAGAUGGCGCUCAAAUAUCCCCACCCUCAGGAGAUGGUGUCGAUCAAAUUUCCGAGGGUGGGGAAACAAAAAUCGAUCAAAUGCCCCACAUAUGCCCGACCUCUCCCUCUGGGGCUUAAUAUUGAUAAGUGCAUAAAUAAUGUGAAAUAAUUAUUUUUUAAUUAAUUAUUGUUUAAAUUAACCUUUAAAUUCAUAUUAUCUGGCACUGGACUAUGUUUCAUAACUCUUCAAACACUCAUUAAUAAUUCAUAAGCUUAUUGGCAAAUCUAUGAGGCGCCAAAUAUGACAAAAUAGAUCGUAGUUGUGUGAUAUAUAUUACUGCAAAUAUAUACAGUAUAACUCCUGAUGAAUAGGUUACUCUUCCAAAUAUAUAAAUAUUGAAAGC